AUGCCCAUAACUUACCAGAUUGAGAAUAACACCGUCAGAUGUCCGGAUCCAGAUUAUGCUCAGAAGAUGAUUGAAGCCAUCGAUGGAGUUCGAGUUAAGGGAGACUCUGUUGGAGGCAUAGUGGCAUGCAUUGCUCGAAAUGUUCCAAAAGGGCUUGGAUGUCCAGUCUUUGAUAAAUUGGAAGCUGAUUUGGCAAAAGCUAUGUUGUCUCUCCCUGCAACGAAGGGAUUUGAAAUUGGCAGUGGUUUUUCAGAAGAAUUAAGGUUUAACGAUAAGGAUUCCUCGGUACAGGGAGGAAUAUCAAUUGGAGAAACCAUUUACUUGAGAAUAGCUUUUAAGCCAACUUCUACUAUUGUGCGGGAGAAAAAAUUAAUUGCUGAAAAUGAGGAAGUUGAUAGAUCGUUGCUUUGGCGUAAAGCUCGCGAGGACAAAUCUGGCAAUAUUACAAAUAUAGAGAUAGCAAAAGUCGUUGAAAAAAUUGAUGACUUGUUGGAAAAGAAGGUCAAAGGAGAGUUCAAGUCUUCUGGGAUGAACGAUGUGUUAACCACUACCUUAGGAAAUCGAGAACACUAUGGACGAGUUAGAGGUGUGGGAGGAUGUGUAAAACCCCAACUCUACUUUAAAACUGAUAGAUAUUUGUGA